AUCUUAGUUGGCUCUCUGGGAAUUGUUUAACUUGAUUUUGUCACAAUAUUUUUUAAAAUCAGUCUUUUUAGCCCUUUAGCAAGAACAAAACAAAAAAAAAACCUUAAACACUGGCUAUAUUAUAAAGAAUUUCUCUCACACAAAUCUCUAUUCGGAACAACGUGAAAAAUUACAAUAAAUUAUUUAGAAAGUUUGCUUUUAAGCUAAUGCAAUUAAACCAAACUCUAUUCUUGAACUAGGCGAAGCAGCAGCAGCAGGAAGAUGGCAUCGAGUCGCAUGUUGAAUGUGUUCAACAGGAACAUAAAUCUCUAUAAACGUCUGACCAACUCGAAUCCAAAUUCCCGUUCGAGUUCCAGUUCGCGGAUGAGAUUGUUGGGCGUGGAGGAGAAGCAGCUGCAACGCCGUCUAUAUGCUUCGGAUUUGGUCGUUGGCGAAAGUCAAUCCGUGAUCAAAGGCGUCGUUGUGGGCGUCUAUAAGAAGGAAGGCGAAAAGGAUGCCAAAUUGACGUCGAGCGGUGAGAAAUUUGAUGAUCGUUCGCAGGGCAAAAUCUCGGAAUUGGUACGCGAAACGACCAUGAAGGGUGAACUGGGCAAGGGACGAGUAUUCAUGAAUGUCGACGCUGAGUUCCGGGCAGUGGCUGUGGUUGGCUUGGGGCAAGAGGGUGCCGGCUUCAAUGAUCUCGAAAUGAUCGAUGAGGGCAUGGAGAAUGCUCGUGUGGCAGCUGGCGUUGGAGCCAGAGCCCUACAAAUGCAAGGAUGCACCGAUAUCCUAGUGGACUCCAUGGAGUAUCCGGAACAGGCAGCCGAGGGAAGUGCCUUGGCCAUUUGGCGUUAUAAUAGUAAUAAACGUAAACAGGAUCGUACACUUAUCCCCAAAUUGGAUUUGUAUGACUCACCCGAUGUUGAUGCCUGGACCAGGGGUCUUUUCAAGGCGGAGUCCCAAAAUUUAGCUCGUCGUUUGAGUGAUGCACCGGCAAAUCAAAUGACUCCUACCAUAUUCGCUCAAUCGACGGUGGAUGCUUUGUGUCCAUGUGGUGUAUCCGUGGAGAUACGUUCCAUGGACUGGAUUGAGGCAAAUCAUUUGAAUUCCUUCUUGAUGGUGGCCAAGGGCAGUUGUGAGCCGCCCGUUAUUCUGGAGAUCAACUACUGCGGCACUGCCCCAGAUGAUAAGCCCAUUUUGCUGGUGGGCAAAGGUCUGACCUAUAACAGUGGAGGUCUGUGCCUACGUCCCAAGGAUUGCCUGAGUAUGUAUCGUGGUUGCAUGGCCGGAGCAGCUGUUUGUGUGGCUGCCAUUCGUGCUGCAGCUGCUCUAUCGCUGCCUGUGAAUAUAUCCGCUGUGCUGCCGCUGUGUGAGAACAUGCCAUCCGGCAUGGCCGUCAAACCCGGUGAUGUGGUCACCCUGCUCAAUGGCAAAACUCUGGGCAUUAAAGAUGCCAGCAAGGCUGGAGUUGUCGUCAUGGCAGAUCCUUUACUCUAUGCCCAGACGGAGUUCAAGCCACGGCUUGUGGUCGAUUUGGCCACCGUGGGCUAUGGUGUCUGCGCUGCUUUGGGUGGAUCUGCGGCUGGCAUAUUUAGUAAUUCCAAUUUCGUUUAUAAGCAAUUCGAAAAGGCUGGUGGACUCACAGGAGAUCGUGUGUGGCGUCUGCCAUUGUGGCAAUACUUUAGGCAAUUGAUCACUCCCAAUAUAACUUACGAUAUUUCUAAUCGUGGUCGUGGUCCGGCAUCAAGUUGCAUUGCUGCCGCUGUGCUGCAUGAGCUGGUGCCCUGUGUGGAUUGGGCUCACAUUGAUAUCCGUAAUGUGGGCAUGCUGACGCGUUAUAAUCCUUUGCCAUAUUUGCUCAAGGAUCGCAUGACUGGACGUCCAACGCGUACUCUAAUCCAGUUCCUCUACCAAAUGGCCUGCCCGGAUAAUAAGUAGAGCGCAGUACGCAUCUGCCUCUCCAAUCUCAUUCGUAUUUCAACGUUUUGUGAUCGUUUUUCCCUUUAGUAUUUAAUUUUUUUUUUUUCUUUUUGAUUUCCUUUUUAAGUUUUUUCUUUUUUUGGCAAAAUUUUGUUAAUUGUAGAAAUUUUGUAAUUAUUUUGAAUGAGAGUAACUGCAGCCAAGGCAAAUGGCCAGAAAGCACCAA